GAAAAACACGUUAAACAAAUGAAAUUGCAGGCGGCCGGUAGAAUUUCUUAGCAACGAAAAAACAAUUCCGAUUUGUAGAAAUUUUCUGGCACAAUUUUAAAAUAAAUCGCUCGCUGGAAAAAUAUUUGUGAAAAAUGGCAGAUGGCGAUAAGAUUGAAGUGCGUGAUAUAACACGUAUUGAACGCAUUGGCGCGCACUCGCAUAUACGCGGUCUGGGUCUGGACGAUGUGCUGGAAGCGCGUGCUGUAUCACAAGGCAUGGUGGGUCAGAAGGAUGCUCGCCGCGCUGCCGGUGUUGUAGUGCAAAUGGUGCGUGAAGGUAAAAUCGCUGGACGUUGCAUAUUGCUCGCUGGUGAGCCAAGUACUGGUAAGACAGCAAUUGCAGUAGGUAUGGCACAAGCGCUCGGAACAGAGACACCAUUCACCAGCAUGUCUGGUUCGGAAAUAUACUCGCUGGAGAUGAGCAAAACAGAAGCACUCUCGCAGGCGCUGCGCAAGAGCAUUGGUGUGCGCAUUAAAGAGGAGACUGAGAUUAUUGAGGGUGAGGUAGUUGAAAUCCAAAUUGAUCGGCCAGCAACUGGCACGGGUCAAAAGAUUGGAAAGGUUACUUUGAAAACCACAGAAAUGGAGACAAACUACGAUUUGGGCAAUAAGAUUAUCGAAUGUUUUAUGAAGGAGAAAAUUCAAGCAGGCGAUGUUAUAACAAUCGAUAAAGCUUCGGGCAAGGUAACCAAAUUGGGUCGUAGUUUUACACGAGCACGCGAUUAUGAUGCCACCGGGGCACAAACGCGCUUCGUACAGUGCCCUGAAGGUGAACUACAGAAGCGCAAGGAAGUCGUGCAUACCGUGACUCUACAUGAGAUCGAUGUCAUCAACAGUCGUACACAUGGCUUCCUCGCACUAUUCUCAGGUGACACAGGAGAAAUCAAGCAAGAAAUACGCGAUCAAAUAAACAAUAAAGUGCUCGAGUGGCGGGAAGAGGGCAAAGCUGAAAUAAAUCCAGGUGUACUCUUCAUCGAUGAAGUACACAUGCUGGAUAUCGAGUGCUUCUCCUAUCUCAAUCGUGCGCUCGAAUCCGACAUGGCACCCGUAGUUGUGAUGGCCACCAAUCGCGGUAUCACGCGCAUACGCGGCACCAACUAUCGCAGCCCACAUGGCAUACCGAUCGAUUUAUUAGAUCGUAUGAUUAUCAUACGUACAGUACCCUAUUCGGAGAAGGAAGUUAAAGAAAUAUUAAAAAUUCGUUGCGAAGAAGAAGAUUGUCUCAUGCAUCCGGAUGCGUUGACCAUUUUAACGCGCAUUGCCACUGACACUAGUCUACGUUAUGCGAUACAAUUGAUUACCACAGCGAAUUUAGUGUGCCGACGACGCAAAGCCACAGAGGUAACCACUGAGGACGUGAAGAAAGUUUACUCAUUGUUCUUGGAUGAGAAUCGCUCGAGUCAAAUAUUGAAGGAGUAUCAAGAUGAAUAUAUGUUUAAUGAGAUACAGGAUACUAACGAGUGUGAAGUUGUGACAAAACGAGAAGACGCUGUUGGUGGUGAUGAUCAACCAAUGGAACACUAAAUUAUAGUGAGAGAAAGAUGGGAAUUUUAAUGAAGUCUACUUGCAUACAUUCGAGCACACUUCAACUUUGAGUUAAAUUUAAAAAAA